AUGCUUGCUAUAGUUGACGAAAGCAGAGACAAUGAAUGUCCAAGCUUGCCGAUUACUUUCAACAUAAGCGAAGAAGAGUUCGACAAUUUGAACUUUUCAGAGUUACCCGAAAAAAGUGCUCAAAUGCAAACCAUUGAUCACGCUACUCCAAGACCAAUUGUCAAUCGAUUCACUACACUAAAAGACGGUCUCUGCGCCGCGAAAUCCUUCGGUCGACUUGCUCCCGUCGUGUUCAAAGCCCGAGCAUUUGACAUCCGAAAUCCUGAACUUGCUAUCGACAGGUUUAAAUCUUUUGCAGAAGAAGUCGGCAAAGUAGGAAAGAAAACAGCGCAACUGGAACGACGAAAGCGUAAAUGCGACCUAGCGAACGCAGGAAAGAUGCCAUGCCAACUUCUGGACUUUCCGACAGAUGAAAGGGCUUGCCAGCUUGCACUGCGAGCAAAGGAGGUUUACGAGUACAUGAGCGAACGCUGCGACUUGGAAUGGAGACAGUACUAUGGAAACAUAAUUGAUGAGCUCAUCGAAUCUUCUGAAAACAGCGACGGAAGUCCUUGUUCCGACGGGAUUGAUGAAAAAGCGAUGCUUACUAAAACUCGCAAGCUAUCCAAAAAGUUCAAGAAAAAACACGGGUACCACUUCAAGGAGGCUCUGGCGGAAGCGAAAGCACAGUUGAAACAAGAACGGGAAGAUGCGAAAGUUUCCCGUCUAGCGCUAAAGAAGCAGCGUGAACAAGAGAAACAUAAUGUUCGAGUUGAAAAAUUAAAGACAUUAGCGUCGAACAGGCUCGAGGCCGCAAUGCUUGAAGUAAACAAAAAACAGGAGAAGCUUGAAGCUUUAAAGAUCGCUGUUGCCGCUGCUGAAGCUGGGAAUUUUGCCCUUUUAGAACGAAGACAGACGAAAAAAGAGAGCAAUGUGAUGCUUUUAGACGUUUUUGGAAUUGAAGAAUCAGAAGAAGAAGAGGAGGAAGAAUAUCAAUGUUCAUUCCCCGAGAAUCUUCCGUUCGAGGAAGCUCAUUCCGAGGAUAGACAUGUCAAACUUAUUAUCAAAGCAGCUGCGAAUUUAGUCACGCAAGUUGAACGGGAGUGUGCAAAGAUUUCAUUUCCCGAGUUUUAUAUAACUAUUCGUGGGAAAUCAACGAGUAUUAUAAUGUGA